AUGGACUACUCCACGAUAACCAACGAUCCGGACCACCCCACGGAGGCUUCGCCCUGGGGUUCGCCGCGCGCUGAGCGAGGGACGUUCCCCACCUCCAACAAUGACAUCCCAUCUUCUCCGCUGCCAGGGCAGGAGCCGUUCGCGGAUCAAUCUGGCCGGGGCCUCAAUGGGGAACCGCAGUCCCCAGAUCUUUCCGCGCAGCUCCAGAGCGCACAAUUGGGAGAUCCGGACUACCCCCAGGAACAUUCCCCGUUCGCUGCUCAGCAAUCCUUGAACCCCCAACAGCAGUCGCCCGCUCCCGCACACCAUCAGACCGAACAAAGACAACCCCCGCGGCCUGCCGGGCCGACUUAUAAGAUCCAAGGCAAAAUCACGGGUUUGGAGCGGACGGGCAAGAAAGACCCCAUCCUGCGCUUCGAAGUUCACACCAACAUCCCCAAGUUCCGCACUACACAAUACCGUGAUGUGCGCCGUACUCAUUCCGAGUUUGUCAAGCUAGCAGACCACUUGGUGUCCGCCAAUCCCGAAUGCCUCGUUCCCGCUGUACCGUCGCCAGUCACACCCGCAGGUGCCGGUACAGAGGAAGACGAAAUUCGGAUCAAAUCGGCAAUGCAGAGGUGGCUUAAUGUUGUUCUCAACAAUGACGUGCUGAUUCAAGAUGACGAGGUCGUGCUCUUCGUGGAGAGUGACUUUGGGUAUAGCCCAGUGCUUCGGAUGAAACAGCCUGCAACUGGAGUGCGACGCAAGAUGCUAAAGCAAUUCGCACCACCACCCGAUGACACCCCUGAGCUGCAGGCUGCUCGUCCAACUGCGAAGAUGCUCUACCUGGGAACAAUGGACUCAAGCCACAAGGUUGAUCGAGUGGUCAAGGCCCGCCGUGGCCUUGGAUUAGCAGAAUCUGACUUUGGUGUGAAGCUGGGUCAGAUGCACGUCCAGGAAACCCACCCUGGCCUGGGCGCCGCCUACCGCAAGCUCGGUAAGGUCGUUCAGACCGUCGGUGAUUACCACGCCGUUCAAGCCACAGCAGAAGCCACCACCCUUGGAGAGCCACUAAGCUACCACUCAUCAGACGCUUUCAUCGUGAAAGAGACCUUGACCAACCGGCACAUUCUGCUUCGGGAUUUACUACAGGCCCAGCAAAACGCCCGAAGCAAACGCGCUGCUGCUGACCGCUUGAAGGUCAGCUCAUCGGUGCGCCCUGACAAGGUAGAUGAAGCCAUCAAUGCCCUCGAGGAGGCCCAGAGUCACGAGGAUCACUUGACCAAGCGUACUCAGCGUGUCACCUCAAACCUCCUCCAAGAGAAGCGCCGCUGGUUUGACCGAACCACUCAAGACCUUUUGUCCAGUCUGCGGGAGUACACUCUGCGCCAGAUCGAAGCGGAGCGCCGCACCCUGGCAACUCUCGAGAGUGUUCGCCCCGACAUUCGUGCCAUUGAUGCCUCCGGUGGUCUGAGCCGAUUGGGUCGCGAAUCUCACCCCACGGCUCGCCGGGCCAAUGUGGCGUCUAGCCAGGGACCCAAGGGUGACUCGUGGAGUGGCGUUCCCCGCCGCACCGACAAUAUCGGGCGCAGCAUGAGUGGUAGCUUCACUGCACCCUCGCUUGAGGAUGAUGACGAAACCAGUGGUUCCGGCAAAGGGCGCAACCGAGCCCCUAGCCAGGUUGGAUCCAUCGCGGAAGAGGAUGAUGACCGCCUUGAUGCCCGAAACGCAGCUAGCCGGCUGGCCACCAGCACGUUUUAA